UUGCCAACUGCCAAAUAAACUCAAAAGAAGAAGAAGAAGAAGAUUCCUGCGCCCGGGAGUUUGCAAACCAUUUCAGGUUUUGUUGAUAGCUAAUGCAAGUGGUAAUAAGCCUUAAUCUUUCAAACCUAGUCCUUCUCGACCUCUCGUAUCUUGUUACAGUAUUCAAUUUUUUUUUGUUAUCCACAAUAGGGUAAAAUAUGUUGAUAAACAUGUCGCCGUGCGGCCCAACUUUGGAAGAACAGCUUUCGUCCAUAAUGGACGUACUUGCGAAAGCUGCCGUAUCAGAAAUUAGCCAACUGUUCUCGGAAGGCUCGGCUACCCUUCGAUUACAAAUAACUCAGAGCCUGAAAGAAAACCAAGCACUGAGGAUGAGGAUGAAGGUGAUGAGGAGUACGCUGUUUUCUUUGCGGAUUCAAACGAGAUCAAAUGCAUCGUGUGCGGCAAGUCGUUUUACCCUGGCUCGAGACAACAUCUGCAAACCACAGACUAAACCACAGGGCGAUGAACACUGCGAUGUCUUUGGAGACCGCAGCACACAGCGCGGCGCCACCUCAGAGAGUCUUUACGCCCCUGGCUCCUCCCACAUGUCCAGUCACAGCGAGGAGCUGAGUGUCCACGGAAAAGGGGAGGGCCCACUGGCGCUGGUCGGCCAUGACACACUCUUCACCGCGUCCAAACGGGAGGCCCUGAACUCGCUGUCUGCAGAACACAGCGUGGUCAAGGGCCUGGAGCGCGGCGAGCAGCUGGUGCGCCGCGAGGAGCUGACUAUGCAGCAACAGACCCCAGACACCAUUUUAAUCAAAGAUGAAGAGGAUAUUGGUGGAGGCAUGCCUGCUGUAGAAUACUGCGAUGACUUUGGAGACUGCAGCACACAACACGGCGCCACCUUGGAUAAUCUGCAUGUGGACGCCCCUGGCUCCUCCCACAUGUCAAGUCACAACAGGGAGCUGCGGAUCCUGAGCGUCUAUGGAAAUGGGGAGGGCCCACUGACGGGGGAUGGCCAUGACAACCUCUUCACCGCGUUCAAACCGGAGGCUCUGAGCUCGCUGUCCACGGAACACGGCGUGGUCAAGAGCCUGGAGCGCGGCGAGCAGCUGGUCCGCCGCGAGGAGCUGACUGGGCAGCAGCAGACCCCAGACACCAUUUUAACCAAGGAUGAAGAGGAUAUUGGUGGAGGCAUGCCCGCUGUAGAACACUGCGAUGACUUUGGAGACCGCAGCACACAGCGCGGCGCCCCCUCAGAUGGUCUGCAUGUGGACGCCCCUGGCUCCUCCCACCUGUCCAGUCACAACGAGGAGCUGAGGAUCCUGAGCGUCCACGGAAAAGGGGAGGGCCCACUGGCGCUGCACGGCCAUGACACCCUCUUCACUGCGUCCGAACCAGAGGCUCUGAGCUCGCUGUCCACGGAACACGGCGUGGUCAAGAGCCUGGAGCGCGGCGAGCAGCUGGUCCGCCGCGAGGAGCUGACUGGGCAGCAGACCCCAGACACCAUUUUAACCAAGGAUGAAGAGGAUAUUGGUGGAGGCAUGCCCGCUGUAGAAGACUGCGAUGAGUUUGGAGACUGCAGCACACAACACGGCGCCACCUUGGAUAGUCUGCAUGUGGACGCCCCUGGCUCCUCCCACAUGUCCAGUAACAGCGAGGAGCUCCGGAUCCUUAGUGUCCACGGAAAAGGGGAGUACCCACUAGCAGUGGACGGCCAUGACAACCUCUUCACCGUGUUCAAACUGGAGACUCUGAGCUCGCUGUCUGCGGAACACAGCGGGGCAAAGAGCCUGGAGCGCGGCGAGCAGCUGGUCCACCGUGAGGAGCUGACUGGGCAUCGGGGCCGCGGCAAGGACCGGCCCGCUGUGUUGUCUGGCGAGUGUUUUCCCGAAAAAAACAAUAUGGUCAUCCACAGGCGUACCCACACCGGCGAGAAGCCGUACGGGUGCGACCAGUGCACGGAGCGCUACAAACUGAAAGACAGCCUGAAGAGCCACAUGAGGAGGACUCACUCAGGGGAGAAGCCCUACAGGUGUGAUCAAUGUGUGAAGUGCUACUAUAGCAGCUCUCACCUGAAGAGGCACAUGAAGACUCACUCCAGGGAGAAGCCCUACAGGUGCAACCAAUGCGUGAAGCGCUUCUUGAGGAGUUGCCACCUGAAGGUCCACAUGAGGACUCACUCCGGGGAGAAGCCCCACAGUUGUGACUAUUGCCUGAAGCGCUUCAGGGAAAGCUCUUUCCUGAAGAUCCACAUGAGGACUCACUCCGGGGAGAAGCCCUACAGGUGUAACCAAUGCGUGAAGCGCUUCAGUACGAGUUCAAACCUGACGGUCCACAUGAGGACUCACUCCGGGGAGAAGCCCUACAGGUGUAACCAAUGCGUGAAGCGCUUCAGUCAGAGCUCCGCCAUGAUCAUCCACAGGCGUACCCACACCGGCGAGAAGCCGUACGGAUGCGACCAGUGCACGAAGCGCUUCAAACUGAAAGACAGCCUGAAGAGCCACAUGAGGAGGACUCACUCCGGGGAGAAGCCCUACAGGUGUGAUCAAUGCGUGAAGUCCUACUAUAGGAGCUCUCACCUGAAUAGGCACAUGACGACUCACUCCAGGGAGAAGCCCUACAGGUGCAACCAAUGCGUGAAGCGAUUCAUGAGGAGUUCCAACCUGAAGGUCCACAUGAGGACUCACUCCGAGGAGAAGCCCUACAGGUGUGACCAAUGCAUGAAGCACUUCAUUUCGAGCUCUCACCUGAAGAUCCACAUGAGAACUCACUCCGGGGAGAAGCCCUACCGGUGUAACCAAUGCGUGAGGCGCUUCAGUACGAGUUCCAACCUGACGGUCCACAUGAGGACUCACUCCGGGGAGAAGCCCUACAGGUGUAACCAAUGCGUGAAGCGCUUCAGUCAGAGCUCCGCCCUGAAGAGACACAUGAGGACUCACUCCGGGGAGAAGCCCUACAGGUGUAACCAAUGCGUGAAGCGCUUCAUUUCGCGCUCUCACCUGAAGAGGCACAUGAGGACUCACUCCGGGGAGAAGCCCUACAGGUGUAACCAAUGCGUGAAGCGCUUCAGUCGGAGCUCCGCCCUGAAUAGACACAUGAGGACUCACUCCGGGGAGAAGCCCUGAAGGUGCAACACCAGCCUCAGUGACCCUAGCAAUUUGCGUUGGCACAUGCUCAAGCACAGAGGCAAUGGGGUGCUUUGACACGGGCAAUGGGACCUUUUAAUUCACACCUCUAUCCUGUUUUUGUUUAAUUUUGUCUGCUGUAGUUAUAUUUUAUUCGUGAUUAUAGACGCUUUCCAACUUUUCGUUUGUUUCGUUUACUCUUUUAUUGUUGUAAAUAAUUGAUUUCUGUGUGAAGGUGAGGGGUAUUGACCAACGUGGAGAUUUUAGGAUUGGCCAGAGGAGAGACCAAGUUGAAUUGCAAUACACUGUGGGUGAAGUGGACUUGGCUGCAAGACAAUUAAAGGAAUCUACAACAAAAAAGUCACUAGACUGGCCAAAGUAUCAGACUUGGUGGCUACAGUUGCAAUGCAAACUAUAACAACACCUUUCAUUUAGAGAGGACGGGAGGUAUAUCUAGGUCCAAAGAGAAUGUAUAGAAAUCCCUUUCAAUUGGCUAUAUACAAUAUACAAUUGUGUAUUAUAAUUAGGUCAUGCAGGCAACGCUCAAUGUAGCUGGCAGCAGAAACGGUUGCAUAAUUUUGGAUAUUAUCAGAAUAUUUUUAAGUUUCAUAAAAUAAUAUUUUUAAAGGUCCCAUAGCAUGCUACUUUAUGGAUGCUUUAAUAUAGAUAUUAGUGGGCCCCAAAUGCAGUAUUUGAAGCCGUUUUCAAAAUUCAGACGUGGUGCAGAAUUACUGCCACUAUGAGCGAGUCGCACAUUGAGCUUUCCUCAAACGCACCAUUUCGGUGUCUGUAGCUUUAAUGCAAAUGAGGAGAGAGGUGGUUCAAGGUGGAGGGUGGGGGUGUGGCCCUGAGCAGCUUGCUGCC